AUGCCUGACCAUGCCUCAUCCCUAAGCAGACAGACGAAGCGGCGCCGCGUGGACAUCGGGGUGAAGAGGACUCUGGGAAGUGUAGUGUUUUCCAGAGCAAGAGAGACCCUCCUACUCAACGCCAUGAACCAAUCCCACGGCCCCAAGCAAGACGGAGACUGCUCAUUGGUCCCUCACAGCUAUGGUGGGUCCAAUGGGGACGGAGCGAAGUCAAAUGUUCUCCGGAAGCUUCUGAAGCGAGCGAACUCGUACGAAGACGCCAUGAUGCCUUUCCCUGGCACCACCAUCAUCUCUCAACUGCUGAAGAGUAACAUGGGGAAGAAUGGAGACAGAGAGGGAGGCUUCCAGGGUAGUGGAGGUCUCUCCAGCGCUGGGUCAGAUCUCCAAGCUGAGGACGUCUGCAGUAACUCCUCCAGAGACAGAGACAGCCCCCUCGCCCUCUCUCCCUCCCCUUCCUCCCCCUGCCUACCCCCAUUUGGCCGCCCCCCCCUUCCUCCUCAUCCCCCGCUCACCUCUCUGGACCUGGAGCGCCUCACAGACGAGCACCUGCGUGCCAAACGGGCCAGGGUGGAGAACAUUAUCCGGAGCAUGAGCCAUUCCCCCUGCGUUGCUCCGCCUGCCCUCCGAGGGAGAGGGGAGGAGUACAAGGAGAGCCUGGGGGAGACUAAAGGAGAGGGGUACAGGGAGAGCCUGGGGGAGACUAGAGGAGAGGGGUACAGGGAGAACAAGAGAAAGCAGCGUCUCCCCCAGCAGCAACAGCAGUCCUUUACUCAGCUGGUGUGUGUCAGACAGGAGCAGAGACAAGAGGAGAGACGACAACUCAAACUACAGCUAGAGGAUAUGCAGAAACAACUUCGUCAGCUGCAGGAGAAGUUCUAUCAGAUCUAUGACGAGAGAGAGAAGGAGAGAGGAGGAGGGGAGGAGGAAGACGGGAACCUGUCGGAGGACAGUGUCCGCUCCGACGGUUUGGAGGACAGACACAGGGACCACCACGGCAACCGUAACCGUGCCGAUCGUAUCCACGGCGACUUGUCAGAGUUGCUUGACGAUCCAGGUCUGUUUCUGGACCGAGCCAGAGCCCUGCUCCGAGAACAGGCCCUUUUGGAUGGGGAGAGGGAGGAGGACGAGAGAGAGGAGGGAGAGAGGGAGGGGGGGGAGGAGAGUGAUUGGGGCCGAGGGGAGAGAGGGGUUGGAGGGGGGACGAUGCGAGCAGAGGGGAGGCAGCUAGCCGAGACUCUGAAACAGGAGCUGAACUCUGCCAUGUCGCAGGUGGUCGACACCGUGGUUAACGGGUUCAACCACAAACCACCCAGCCAUCAUCAUCUUCAACAUCAUCCUCAUCACCGUGGCUCCCAAAACACCCCCUCUGCCACCAACACUGCCUCACAGGCCUCCUUCCCUCCCUUCCCCCCCUCCCUCACCACUGACUCUCAAAGCCCCAUCUUCCACUCAGCCAACCAGAGGCUGCCAUGCUUCGGCGAUGUCAUCAUUCCUAGCCCGCUGGACUCGUUCGUGGGUCUCAGCGUCCCUACGGCCAGCGACCAGACAGAACCACUACCUCUAGUGGUCAGGAAGACCAACGCCGACCCACAACACAGGAACGCCUCUCUCCCUCCUCCUUACCCCCACCACCCCUCCCUCCAUCCCUCCCCCCUCUCCGCCUCUCUGGGGUUCUCCCCUCCCUCCUUCCGGCACCCCUUCUCCCUCCCUCUCAUGGGAUACCCCUUCCAGAGUUUCCCCAAAGACCAGCGCUCCCCCCCUGAGUCCAUGGACCUCUCCAGGGAAACUGUGGGGCUGCGGACCAAGAUGGGGUCGGGCGGGGGCAUCCAUUUUGUCUCCCACCACCACCACCACAGGCAGAGCUCUCCGCCCCAACAUGGAGGAGGGAGCGAGGGGCUGUCGCUCAUCAAGUCAGAGUGUGGAGAGCUCCAGGACAUGGCUGACAUAUCGCCUUAUUCAGGGAGUACCGUAUCCUUUCCUACUGAACUCCAGGUGUGUGUGUCUCUCAGUGGACGACAGUUUGAGACAUCUUUAGCCAGGUAG